CCUUCCACUUCCGCUGUCGGGCCGCCGGCCCCGCCCCUAGCCUCCCUCCCGUUGGGUCCUAGCGCCGGCCCCACUCCGAGUGUCCCGGGCUCUGCCGGUGCUAGGCACCGCCGCCGAAGCUGCGGAGCCUGUGGAAGUCGAACCAGAGGAGGCCCACCCACCAAGGCCAUGGAGGAGGAGGCUACUGAGGCCAAGUCCCCAGGACCCUGCUACAAGCGCUGUGGACGCCGUUUCAAGUGCCUGUUCUGUACAAAGACGUUUCCAAAUGCUCCCAGGGCGGCGCGCCAUGCUGCUACACAUGCACCUACCGACUGCACCGAGGAGGUGAAUGAGGUCCAGCCAAAGGUGGAUACAGAGCCCAAGGCCGAGGAAGCCAGUGGAGACAAGGUGUCUGGCUCGGCAGCCAAGCCCAGGCCCUAUGCCUGCCCACUGUGCCCCAAGGCCUACAAGACGGCUCCUGAGCUCCGCAGCCAUGGGCGCAGUCACACCGGUGAGAAGCCCUUCCCAUGCCCAGAGUGCGGCCGCCGUUUCAUGCAGCCAGUGUGCCUGCGUGUGCACCUGGCCUCACACGCUGGUGAGCUGCCCUUCCGAUGUACACACUGCCCCAAGGCUUAUGGUACGCUGUCUAAACUCAAGAUUCACCAGCGUGGACACACAGGUGAGCGGCCCUAUGCCUGCACUGACUGCGGGAAGAGCUUCGCCGAUCCUUCAGUGUUCCGCAAGCACCGGCGCACGCACGCGGGCCUGCGGCCCUACAGCUGCGAGCGCUGUGGCAAGGCCUAUGCUGAGCUCAAGGACUUACGAAACCACGAACGGUCCCACACGGGUGAGCGCCCCUUCCUCUGCUCCGAGUGUGGUAAAAGCUUCUCCCGAUCCUCUUCCCUCACCUGCCACCAGCGUAUCCACGCAGCCCAGAAGCCCUAUCGCUGCCCGGCUUGUGGUAAAGGCUUCACGCAGCUCAGCUCCUACCAAAGCCACGAGCGCACGCACUCGGGCGAGAAGCCCUUCCUGUGCCCCCGCUGUGGCCGCAUGUUCUCGGACCCCUCGAGCUUCCGCCGCCACCAGCGGGCACACGAGGGCGUGAAGCCUUACCGCUGCGAGAAGUGCGGCAAGGACUUCCGGCAGCCCGCCGACCUGGCCAUGCACCGGCGAGUGCACACCGGCGACCGGCCCUUCAAGUGCCUGCAGUGCGACAAGACUUUCGUAGCCUCCUGGGACCUUAAGCGGCAUGCAUUGGUGCACUCGGGCCAGCGGCCCUUCCGCUGUGAGGAGUGUGGGCGAGCCUUUGCUGAGCGAGCCAGCCUCACCAAGCACAGCCGCAUGCACUCCGGCGAGCGCCCUUUCCACUGUAACGCCUGUGGGAAAUCCUUUGUGGUGUUAUCCAGCCUCAGGAAGCACGAGCGUACCCACAGAAGCAAUGAGACUACAGGAGCUGCCCCCCAGCAGGAGCUGGUACUGGGGCUGGCGCUGCCUGUAGGUGUCGUGGGUGAGGGCUCAGCUGCCCCUGUGGCAGGUGCAGGGCUAGGCGACCCUCCAGCGGGGCUGCUAGGGUUACCCCCAGAGUCCAGUGGUGUAGUGGCCACGCAGUGGCAAGUGGUGGGCAUGACUGUAGAGCAUGUGGAGUGCCAAGAUGCUGGCGUUGGGGAAGCUCCUGGCACCCUGGGAGAUGCAGGAGGAGAGGUGGGGGGUGAGGAGACCGAUGAGAAGCCCCCACAGUUUGUGUGUCGUGAGUGUAAAGAAACCUUCUCCACACUGACCUUGCUGCGCAGGCAUGAGCGCUCACACCCGGAGCUCCGGCCCUUUCCCUGCACACAGUGUGGUAAGAGCUUCUCAGACAGGGCUGGGCUUCGCAAACAUAGCCGCACCCACAGUUCUGUACGCCCCUACUCUUGUCCCCAGUGUCCUAAAGCCUUCUUGAGUGCCAGUGACCUGCGCAAACAUGAACGCACUCACCCUGUGCCCAUUGGGACCCCCAUACCCCUGGAGCCUCUUGUGGCUUUGCUAGGAAUGCCAGAGGAAGGGUCAGCUUGAAGCUCAGAGCUCUCUACCACACUCCCAGGUGCCCAUUUCCAGUCUCCAGAUCCCUGUCGCUGGGCAUCUAGCUCAGCGCUCAAUCCACUAAGAGCGGGGGACAAUGGAGGCUGGUAGCACUUGUGAGAGACACUCAUUAAAGCGCUGGCUUUGACACCAAGCCGUCUUCUGUACUCUGGUUGAGCUAAACUUCAGUGGUAAUCUGGAUUCACACAAAUUAUAAGGGUCUUGGUGGUGGUUUGUUUUGUAGCAGGAUCUCACAGCUUAGCCUGAUCCAGAACUCACUAAUAGCCCAGGCUCACUUUGACCUCAGUCAGUCCCCUGUCUCAGCCUCUCAAGUACUAGGAUCACAGGUGUUUACCACAAGUCGCUCCUAGAAGGGUCUUGAAAUUCACUGUUUGCCAAAGUAUACUUUGGGUUUCUUGUGAAAGAGGUUUCCUGAGUCAGGACAGAAGGUAUCUGUGCCUCUGAGAAUUCUUGGUGAUUAAAAGGUGUAUUGGAGCAUUAGUCCUGCAGUGAACACACCUAUGUGGCUUUGUUUAGCCCACACUCAUGAUCGUGAAACCUUUACUGAGUACUUCUGUCUUUUUGUGGAUAGUAAGCUGGGCUUAAACGGUGAUCUUUUUCUCAGGGCUGGAGAAAUGGUUCCAUUUUUAAAGGCUGAGGCUUACAAUAAAAAAGUACCCAGCUUGUCUCUCCAACUACCUUUAAAAAAAAUUUCCCCCCUCAGGUGUGAGAUAACUAAAAAAAAAAGAUUAUCUUUUUUGUUUAUCACAGUAACAAAUUAGGAGACUUGCUUGGAGGAAAAGAGAUCUCUUCACAUUAAAACCCAUGAACUACAAAGGAAUUAACCUCAUUUAAAAAGUGCUGCCUGGGCAUGGUAGCGCACAUCUUUACUCCCAGCACUCAGGAGGCAGAAGCAGGCAGGUCUCU